AUGGGUGUCAUAAACGAUAAUCUUAGUGUGCUCUACCUGGGCGUGGCUGCUGCCAUGUACUUCCGACCAGAAUAUGCCAUCCUCGGGUCAAAGGCUGGAACGCUGAUUCUAUCAUUUGCGAUUCUGACCGCUUGGAAAAUACUCUAUCAACUCGCGUUAUAUCCUGCAUUUUUCACACCGAUCAAACACAUUCAGGCACCAUCGGGCCGAAAUUGGCUGAGGGGAAACACCGAGACCAUCUUUCUCGAGACUCCUUACAAGCGGAUGCAAGAAUGGGCGGCGAAACUGCCAAAUGAAGGCCUCAUCCGAUACUAUAUCGUCGGAAACCUAGAACGAGUCGUUCUCACCAGCCCCAAGGCACUCAGCGAACUGCUAGUGACAAAAGCAUACGACUUUGAAAAGCCCAAGACAUUGCGACAAAGCUUACGCCGUAUCGUUGGAGAUGGUAUCCUGCUUGCUGAGGGUGACGAACACAAGAUCCAACGCAAGAACUUGAUGCCUGCUUUUGCAUACCGCCAUAUUAAGGACCUAUAUCCAAUCUUCUGGUCCAAGAGUGUGGAAAUGGUCAAGCUGAUCCAGCAGGAUCUGGAAGAGCGACGAGCCUCUGGAGACAAAGACAACACCACCACUGUCCGCAACUGGGCAAGUCGCGCUACGUUGGAUAUUAUCGGGGUAGCAGGCAUGGACCACGACUUCGAUUCUUUGAGCGACCCCUCCAAUAAACUCAACCGAUCAUACCAACAGAUCUUCCAAUCUCCCGGCCUCGGCACCAAGAUCCUAUUCAUUAUUGGAAUGUUGAUGGGAAACAUCACUCUCCUCCAGAAGAUGCCGACGCAACGCAAUAAACGCAUCGACGAGGGUGGCGAAGUUAUCCGCGACGUUGCCCGACAGAUGAUCCGGCAGAAGAAGGAGAAGAUGAAGGAUUCCAACUCGCAGACGGGCGUCGAUAUUAUCUCCGUCGCAAUGCAUAGCGGUGUCAUGGAUGAAGAGAAUUUGGUCGACCAAUUAAUGACCUUCCUGGGAGCAGGCCACGAAACCACUGCCACGGCGAUGCAAUGGGCCGUUUACGCACUCUGCAAGAAUCCCGAAGUCCAGGUUAAACUGCGCGAGGAAAUCCGCGCGAAUCUCCCCUCGAUAUCAUCCGAUGAGGCUGGUAACAUUGAUGCUACCACGAUCGACAACCUCCCCUAUCUCCACGCCGUCUGCAACGAAAUCCUCCGCUUCCAUCCAUCCGUCCCAGGCACAAUCCGCACAGCAGUCAAGGAUACAUCACUCGUUGGCCAUGCGAUUCCCAAAGGCACGACUCUCAUCAUCGCCCCCGAAGUCCUGAACCAUAUGGAGGAGCUAUGGGGACCAGAUGCGGAUAAAUUUAACCCGGACCGAUUCAUGGGCCCGGGCAAGGCGAACACGGGCGGUGCUACUAGCAACUACGCAUUCUUGACUUUCAUUCACGGCCCACGCAGCUGCAUCGGUCAGGGCUUUGCUAAGGCUGAGCUAGCUUGUCUGGUCGCUGCUACGGUUGGUCGGUUCCAUAUGGAGUUGAAAUAUCCCGAUCGAGAGCUGGAGCUUCGUGAGGGUGCUACUGUCUCGCCGAAGGAUGGUGUUUUGGCUGUUUUUACCCCGUUGGAGGGAUGGUAG